ACUGAAGAUUAUAGCGAAUAUCUCUUUUGAUCAACUUUGACGCACCGAAAAUGGCGCUUAACCUCAUUGUCAAGGUGCACCCAGUUGUUUUAUUUCAAAUAGUUGAUGCCUACGAGCGACGAAAUGCCGACUCUCACCGUGUCAUCGGGACCCUGCUUGGGACGGUGGAGAAGGGCAUUGUUGAAGUAACAAAUUGCUUCUGUGUACCUCACAAGGAAUAUGCAGAUCAGGUCGAAGCCGAGCUGAACUACGCAAUGGAUCUAUACGACCUAAAUCACCGAGUAAAUGCCCAAGAAAGUAUAGUGGGUUGGUGGGCCACUGGAAAAGAGGUUACAAAUCACUCAUCUGUCAUCCAUGAGUAUUAUGCCCGAGAAUGUCACAAUCCAGUUCAUUUAACUCUGGAUACAACAAUGGCCAACACUACUAGAAUGGGUAUCAAGGCAUACGUAUGCGUCCAAUUGGGUGUGCCAAAUGGCAAGCAGGGUUGUAUGUUUACACCUGUCAGAGUUCAGGUCACUUCUUAUGAACCUGAGAUUGUAGGGCUACAACUAUGCGCUAAAACCCAAACACUACCUCCGACUCAAGCAAUUUCAAAGCAGGGGGGAGUGGAACCAAUGUUAGACUUGGCACAAAUAGCCGAAGCUAGCACAAAACUGCUGACUUUGGUGGACCAGGUCCUUAAUUACGUAGAUGAUGUUUUGGCAGGCAAACAGAUUCCUGACAAUCAGGUUGGGCGAGCCCUGUUGGAUAUGGUACAUUCGGUACCUAAAAUGUCAGCUGAUCAGUUCGAUCAAAUGUUUAACAGCAAUGUCAAGGAUCUCCUCAUGGUUGUUGCUCUUUCCCAGCUAAUCAAAACUCAACUACAGCUGAACGAAAAGCUCACCCUUCUGACUACCUUAUGAGCCAAAAAUUAAGCUUACCAAAUAACAAAUGACACAAAGUAAAGCUAAGUGUAAUGUAUGGCUCCAAUAAAAAUCUGUAAAAACAAA